GCUUCAUGAUAAAGUAGAUUUACUAAAUUUAAAGUAACAAAAUAAACCCAUGCAUCCUCCUUGUGCUCUGUCAGAGAGGCCCUCUGUUCCUUACUGCUCCGUGCACGGUGAUGUGGAAUUUGGUCACCUGGUCACUCUGACCUGCCACAGCGAGCACGGGAGCCCAAAGCCAACCUACACCUGGACCAGACUGGACCAGACUAGCACGUGGAGUCGUGCACGGGGAAGAGCAACCCCAGGUGGAAUACUGGAAAUCCAAAACAUGACCCAGUUUCAGUUUGGGGAGUACCGCUGCAACGCUACGAAUGUGGUGGGAUAUUCAACUUGCACUGUUGAGCUGAGUCCUGAAGUGAGUGACGGAGUGAUUGCUGGUGCUGUGAUCGGCGCGCUGCUCGGGUGCGUGCUGAUCCUCCUGGUGGUUUGGUUCAUCGCCCACACUGUGAAAAAACACAAAUAUAAAUCAGUCAAAGUGUCAGAGGCCAACGAGAUGAA